AUGAUGAACCUGGCACUAACGAGAGAGGAAGCCGAAACAAAUAAGUCAACAUUUCAACAAGGUAUCAGUAAUUAUAUCCAAUUUCAAAUGGAACUACCUGUAAACAUGACAAAUUGGACAUCAAAGAAUACUUAUGAUAUUCUAUGGACGAAUGAAUUUCCGUUGUUGAACUCAAUGAAUUAUUGGUCAAAUGAGACAAUGGUGGGAUUUAUUCAUUCAUCGGAAGUGGCAAAAAUUAAUCAGAUGUUAGUAAUUAAUCCAAACACAGUGGCAAAUUUAUAUCGUGUUAUCAGAAGAAAACGAUUUGAUCCGAGUUUGAUGAUGAUAAUUUUAACGGUAUUAGGAUGUAUGGGAUUGAUUAAUGAAUGGCAUCGUGUAAUAUUUUUGAAAAAAACUCUUCGACGCUAUUUACAUAAGAAAUUAAUCAGAAUUCCACCUCUAACAAUUGUUCAACAGGAACUUGAUCAAGAACAAAAUUUAAAUAGUCAAAAACUAGACUUAAUCGAAGUUGAGAAUGAUGAUAUACUUCGUCCAUCUGCAAGUACGACAUUUUACAGACGUCCACCCAUAUUUGGUGAUUAUAUGAAAUUACUGAACAAUUUUCUAUGUGAUCCUAACGUGAAUAACGUUAAUAAUAAUGCUCAUGCUGCGGAAAUGUCAGUGAUGUUGUCUAAUACAGUACCGAAUCUUCAGAUAAUGUCAACAUUAGAAUCAAGUACAUCACAUAUUCACGUUCGAUCGCCAUCGUGUACAUCAAAUCGCGAUCCAAACAUCUAUGAAAAAUAUUGUAAUUAUUAUUUACGUCACCAUGGUUUAUUUUUUGAUAAUAGACGAAUAGAUUACUCAUGGAGUAAUAUUAAAAUACCGUUUAUUGUUCGUGAAUCGUUACCUCUUGUAUUCAUAUAUCCUGAUUUACUACCAAAUAAAGAAAAAUGUGAGUUUGAAGGUGGACAAUCUUAUCUAAUUAUUACAGAUAUUUUAUUUCCGUCGUUGUUAUUAAAUUUUUGUCGAUUGUUUGAUAUUUGUAAUGGUAUUCAAUCGCGAGUAUACUAUAUUCAAUCACUAUGUGCUUAUAUAUUCAGUCUUUUACUGUCACAAUUAAUUAAUAUAAUCUUACAAUGUAGACAACCAUCAUCACUUAUUGUUUAUCCAAUUAUUUUAUUUUCAACUAUUCUAACGAGUAUCAUACGGAAAGAAUUUAAGAAAAUAAUCUAUGGUACUUUAACCGGCCUUGACGAUUGUAUACAUAUGAUUAAUAGACAAAAAGAAGAUAUCUGA